GCUAAUUUAUACAUCGCAGACGGUUAAUUUCGUACUGCCAUUUGCGUUGUAUUUCAUUUCUAAAAGAUACGAAGCGAAAAUUGAAGAUCCUCCUCAGCAUGACUCUGCAGCGGAUCAUGAUACUUUUGUCAUGUACAACCCCGAGGAAAAUCGGUCAAUAUCCAUACAGAGAAUACCAUCUACUCACAUGUCUCACGUCACGAAUCAUUCGAAAAUGGAGCAGCCAGCCGACUUGGAUGUCCCCGCGUUUUCGUUGGAUCAAAAAGCCAAAGAUAUCUCCACACAACAUCCCAUCAUUCCCGAUAUCAUCUUGACUGACACAAACCACUCAGAUCAUCAUUCACUUCCUUAUACCAGUAACAAUGUCGAAGGAAACUUAUUGACGAUCCCACCUAAUAUACCCUAUGCCAACAGCUCAAAUGAACCAACCAAGAUAGUGUCAAAAGACUUGAUGUCCCAAGAAAGUGACAAACAUGAAACCCUCUUUCAUUCUUCCAAUACGGUAACUUUAGACCACAAGGAAAAGCAAGGAGGAAGUAUCCAUGAAGAGUAUAUUCCACAGCCGCGCAGUCGUGGACCGUCUGUGACUUUGUCGAUUGAGACAGGUUACACUUCCAGUCAUAUCCGAUCACGACACUCGGGUUCCGUGAGCCCUACGCAGUCUUUGGCAAUUGUAACCGUCGAUCCAUAUAGCCCUUUGAGCGUGCGAACGGCCACAUUUGUAUCGGGAUCUGCAUCGCAUACCAAUUCUGUUUCUUUUUUCAGGGAUGGACAGUUCAAAGGAAGAUUUCAAGCUUUUCCUGCUUUAGGCAGCGUUAAAUCAUUCCUGCUUGCUAUAUUGGCAUUCACAUUGAUUACCUUGGCUGUUGUAUUUACGAUUAUAUACGAUUUUGUGCUUCUAGGAGAAGGAAUCAAUGUGUAUGGAUCGUAGAUUUGUAAAAGUGAUAUAAGUGCAGCUUAACUAGUCUUUGAAGAGAUACUGUAGAUCCAGACUUUUGAAGCCAUAUAAGCACUUGUACUAUACUGUGUCUUUUGUAAAUAUAUCAACUACUUGAAACCAUGU